UCUGUGAGGCAGGCAGCACUGCCACAUUCGAACAAUCAAGUCGGAGGGCUCUACUCAUCUCCACAUCAGCCUUCAGGAUCUGCCUGUCCGGGGGAUCUCAUAUUGGCUGAGAGUGGUCAUACGGUCACUUCAUAGAUCGGAAACCAGAUAUCCUCGAGUCGCACACAAUUGUCCCAAGGCCCAUAUCCUCAGUGGUCUGUCCGCACGGCUCGGGAACAAAGACAGCAACAUCGCGCGAGGACAAGCAGCCUGCAGGCUGUCCAGCAACCAGUGAUGGCCAUCCACGAUGCCUCACCAGGCAUUGGCAUGUCGACGGCAGCCGUCGAAGCGGCAGCAACGCUGCCCACCACAGCUAGCACGCCCGCGCCCCAAGCCGGCAACGAGAAGCCCCCUGCCGUUCUGCCGCCCGUGACCAGGGGCUCCUCCGACGAGUACCUCCAGAGGGCCGCGCUCGCAACAGCACGGGCGAGCCUGAGCUACGACUUCACGAUCCUGAUGGAGAAGGAGAAGAUCAGCCAUGCAACCUCGGUGCCGAUCCACAGCGUAGAGCUCGACGAUGAGGCCGUCAUCGAGAGCACGCGCGCCGCGGCGCUGGGACGGCUGCGCAACAAAGUCACCUGGGGCUCGUUCGUCGUCGAGGCGGGAGACUUUGCGGCCAUCUCGUGCUGGGAGCCGCGGGACAUCAACAGCGAGGACUACACUGGGAUUCACGAGGUGGCGGAGGCCAUGAGGCCCACGAGACCGCUGUUUGCGGGGUUUCAGGACGAUAUUGGGAAGCUGCAGGAGAAGCUCCUCGAGCCGGUGGUGCGUAAGAUGAGGCCCCACGACGGCAAGUUCUGGCAAAUGUCGCUCGUCGCCAGGGAUCCUACACGGGAAUAUCUCCCUGGUGCUGUCAGGGCCGUCAUUGCUCCCCUCAUGGACGAAGUCUGCUCGGCACAGACGCCAGGAGGGGCCGCGCCGAUCUGGCUUGUGGCUGGCGGGCAAAAGGCGCGAGACAUGUAUGAGCACUUUGGCUUCCAGGAGGUCGGCCGCAUAGACGUGGCCGAGCUCCCGCUGUGGGGGAUGAUGUACACUGCAGGCUUGGAUAAAGAUUAAGGCGUCUGAUGAGAUGAAGGUGAAAGUAUUCGAGCAAGCACGCGCGACGCUGUCUGUUUGGCAUAUAGACGACAAAGCACGGGAACAGCUUCACUAGAUAUUCACAAUACUUAA